CAAGCUGAAAUUUUCAGAAUUGUAUUUUUUUCAUAAAAUCUGUGGGUGAUCAAAAUUUGAAGCAAAUUUGAGGUGGUACUCUGGGGUCUUUCUAAAAACUAAGUGAUUUAAUAUGGAAUAACCCACAUAUAAUAUUAUUCUGUAAAUGCAUUCAAAAUGUAACAUAAUUUUAAACACAUUUACUGGAAUGCAUUCAAAAUUUUGUAUUUAUUUUUGUAUUGCUAAAACAUAUAUUUUUAUUUGUGUUGAAGCAAUGUUAGAAAAUUUAACAAUGUUUGCUGCUGGAGAGUGUGUCCACAUAUUAAUGAGUAUAAAUCUUAUUAAAUGGAGAACAUAAGCAUUUUAGUUUACAAUAACAACUACAUUACAUAAUACAUGUUAUAGGAAAAAAGAUUAUGUUUUGUUUUUUGGUAAAAAUGAUGGGAAGAGUUGAUCAUAACCAUUUGCAAUCAUGUGUUUGAGAGAAGACCAUGUUAAAGUAACUUUCUAUUUUAAUAUGGAUUUAAUUAAAAAUCAAAAGUUUAAGAUGGAAUUAAGUCAGAGUUUGGGAACGAGCUGGAUAGUACUUGGACGAUAUUUAUCAGUUAGUGAUAAUGAAUUAGAAGCUAUAAAAGAUGGCUGUUCCGGGACAGUAAAUCAAGCAUAUGAAAUGCUAACAAAAUGGACAAGACAGCAAAAUUCAACACUUGAAGAGUUAAAAGAAGCAUUGUCUGCUAUGAAACGCUUUGAUCUAAAAGAAAUAGUAGAGGAGUUUGCAAAGUCUUACUUUAAACUAUCUGACCAAUCCAAACCAUGUGAUUCUUUGCAAAUAAAAGAUAAUGUUCAACAAAAUAGGAGUGUCACACUAAAAAAGCUUUAUCUUAAAAGAUAUGAGAUUAUUGAUGAACUUCAGCCACCAUUAGUAAAACCCUCUAAAGUCAUGCUUGCAGAUAAAUUUAUUGAACUGUGUAUUGUUGAUGCAAUAGAAAUUGAAAAAGAUAUUAUGCAUUUGGUUGAACGAGACCAAUUUUUUAGAAAACAAAUCAGCUAUAUUCCAAUUUCAUUUGAUAAAGUAUUUGUGGAAAAAUCAUCUUCAAUCCUAAUAUCAGGUAUUGCUGGAAUUGGUAAAACGUGGCUGCUACGAAAAUGUUUACUUGAUUGGUCAAACAAUUUAAUAUGGACAAAUGUUAGUUUUUUGUUUUAUUUAGAAUGCAGUAUGUUAAAUCAGUACCAAAAUGUUUCAAAUUUAAUUGAACUGCUUAAUGUUUUCUACAAAGAUAUUUUAAAGGAUUUUGAUAUCUUUAAUGUUUGUGAACCUGAUAACAUAAUGUUUAUAAUUGAUGGUCUAGAUGAGUUUAUGUAUUUAGAUGAGUUAAUUAAAGGUUCCCAUUCUAAAUAUAAUAUUGUAAAUAUUUUUGCAGAGAUUAAAAAAUACAAAACAGUUAUUGCAGGAAGAGUUUCAGCUAUUUCCCUUUACCAAAAUAAAUUUAAUUGUAAUGACCAGUUGACCGUUCAAGUUUUAGGAUUCAAUGACAAAGGAAUAAAUGAUUAUAUAGAAAGUAAUUUUGUUAAAUCAAAAGAAGAAAUAUUUAGAGUUUUAAAAGAAUCUUCAAUUACAAAAGCCAUGGCAUCUGUGCCUUUUUUUUUAUCUUCCAUUUGUACAAUUGUAAGUGAAUUGAAUAAAAUAGAUCUAUUAGAUGGUAGCAAUUUGUUUGUUACCACAACAGAUUUGUAUGGAAGUAUUUUUUUAUACUUUUUUCAAAGGCAUAUUGACAAAAGAAAUGAACCAAUUUAUAAGAUGAUAGAAAAUGAAAGCACAAAAAAAUACAUUUUAAAUGUUUGUAAGAUUGCGUAUUGUUUGUUUAAAAAUAAUAAGGUAGUUUUUUCUGAAGAGGAAAUUAAAGUUUUUAUCAACGACUUUGACGAAGUUGAAAAUAGGCUUUUCGGUUUUAUUGAGAGGAUUGAAACCCACUUAGGUUUUUAUUAUCAGUUUGUACACAUGACAAUAAUGGAGUUUUGCGCUUCUGUGUAUGCUUACAACUUUCUUAGUUGGAAAGAGAUUGUUGAAGACAAAAAACUGAACAGUUGUUUAACAAUGAUCUGUGGAUUAUUAAAUAAAAAGAAAAAUAGCUUUUUGAAAUUUCUAGCAAACUUAACGAAUUCAAACACCGAAAUGAUAUCUUUGGUUCAUGUAUGUGAUUUGCUUCCUAGAGGAUUGAUUUAUUAUUCAGAUGAAAAGUUAUCUCAGAAAAUAUUCAUUGAAUGUUUUUAUGAAUCCCAGGCAUCUAUUACAGAUCUUAUUAAACCGUCAAUCGAUAAACGAAAAUGGUAUAUUAAAAUACGUGAUGGUAAAACUUCUUAUGAAAUUUUCUGUGAAAAAUAUUUUGUAAGUUGUUUCAUGGAUUCAAGUGUGAGGUUUUCUAGGUUAUUAAUAUACAAAGAUGUUUUCACAGAAGAUGAAAAAGAUAUCAUUAUUAAAUGUUCCAUGAACGUUUGUCAUGUCUACUUAUAUUGCCCGUUUAAAAUUGACAAGUGGGUACCAAAUCAAAAGAUCGAAGUUUUAGCGAUAGACAUCCGUCAUUAUUUAAUAUCAAAAAAAGAUUUUGAAAAUUUCCUUCCUUGGUUUCAAGUCUGCAAUGAAUUAAACAUUAUUCUUUGCGAAGAGAUCGACUUCUUAGAGUAUAUUUAUGAAUGUAUUAGAUGUUUAAAUUUAAAUAAGUUAAUGAUUUUAUAUCGUGGAAAAUCGUUUUGUACGCACGAAGAAUUUAAAAAGGUUUUAAAUUGUUCUUAAAAAAUUUGUGAAUAUUUUA